AUGGGGAGGUCUCCUUGCUGCGAGAAAGACCACACCAACAAAGGAGCUUGGACUAAAGAAGAAGAUGAUAAGCUCGUCUCUUACAUCAAAUCUCACGGCGAAGGUUGUUGGCGUUCUCUUCCAAGAUCCGCCGGUCUUCUCCGUUGCGGCAAAAGCUGCCGUCUCCGAUGGAUUAACUAUCUCCGGCCUGAUCUCAAGAGGGGUAACUUCACCCUCGAAGAAGAUGAUCUCAUCAUCAAACUCCAUAGCCUCCUCGGUAACAAGUGGUCUCUUAUUGCGACGAGGCUACCGGGAAGAACAGAUAACGAGAUCAAGAAUUACUGGAAUACACAUGUAAAGAGGAAGCUUUUGAGAGGAGGGAUUGAUCCCACGACUCAUCGGCCGAUCAACGAGAGCAAAGCUCCUCGUGAUUCACCAAAGUCUAGAGAAACAGAGGACCCGAUUGUAAAGUUUUUCUCUUUCAGUCCUCAAAUGGAGAAAAAAGAAAGUUUUGGGGGUGAGAGAAAUUAUCAGGAAGGACUGAUUUGCAAAAAGGAGAGAGUUGAGUAUCCUGUUGUUGAAGAAAAGUGCUUAGAUUUGAAUCUUGAGCUUAGAAUCAGCCCGCCAUGGCAAGACCAACAGCACCACGAUGAGACCAAACUCCGGUUUGGGACAGAGAAGUAUAGAUGCAAUGCGUGCCGUUUUGGAGUGGGAAACGGCAAGGAGUGUAGCUGCAGUGAUGUGAAAUGUCAAAUAGAGGACAGUACUAGUAGCAGCUAUUCUUCAAGCGACAUUAGUUGUAGUGUGGUUGGUUAUGACUUCUUGGGUUUAAACACUAGUGUUUUGGAUUUUAGUAGUUUGGAAAUGAUCUGA